AUGGACCCCAAGUCCCCCGACGACCGCCCGGAGGCGGCGGCGUCACAGCCGCUAGAGUGGCGGUUCGCGCAGGUCUUCGGCGAGCGCGGUGCCGGCGAGGACGUGCAGGAAGUUGACAUCAUCUCUGCAAUCGAGUUUGAUAAAUCUGGUGAUCAUCUUGCCACUGGAGAUAGAGGUGGACGUGUAGUUUUGUUUGAAAGAACUGAUGCCAGGGUUAAUGCCAGUCGGACAGAGCUUGAGAGACAAGAUUAUUUGAUGCCCAGGCAUCCUGAGUUCCGCUAUAAAACUGAAUUUCAGAGUCAUGAACCUGAGUUUGAUUACCUAAAGAGUUUGGAAAUAGAGGAGAAAAUCAACAAGAUCAAGUGGGGCCAAACAGCCAACAAUGCACUCUUUAUCUUGUCUACAAAUGACAAAACAAUCAAGUACUGGAAGGUGCUAGACAAAAAAGUGAAACGAAUUUCAGUAAUGAAUUUGGAUACUUCCCAGGGUGCAGACAAUGGGACAACUUCUAGUUCGAGUACCAGUAGCUCUAGAGGUCUUCCUAAUGGAGGAUCCUCAGAAAAGUCAUACAAUUGUGCAAACAACGAUCUGCCAUUCCCUCCUGGGGGAUAUGCAUCAUUGCGUUUGCCUGUGGUAGUUGUUACAGGCCAAGAGUUAAACCCUGUUGCUAGAUGCCGGCGUGUAUAUGCACACGCCCAUGAUUACCAUAUCAAUUCCAUUUCAAAUAAUAGUGAUGGCGAGACAUUCAUAUCAGCAGAUGAUCUGCGAAUUAAUCUGUGGAAUUUGGAAAUCAACAGCCAGAGCUUUAACAUUGUCGAUGUGAAGCCUGCAAACAUGGAGGAUCUAACUGAGGUGAUUACAUGUGCGGAGUUCCAUCCAACUCACUGUAAUACACUAGCCUAUAGUAGCUCAAAGGGCGCUAUCAGGCUUAUUGACCUGCGGCAAUCAGCACUGUGUGACAACCAUUCUAAGCUAUUUGAGGAGCAUGAAGCACCUGGAUCCAAAUCCUUUUUUACGGAGAUAAUUGCAUCCGUUUCAGAUAUAAAGUUUGCAAGGGAUGGACAGCAUAUUCUUAGUCGUGAUUAUAUGACUCUCAAGUUAUGGGAUCUCAGCAUGGAUUCAGGCCCAGUAGCAACUUUCCAAGUUCAUGAACAUUUAAGGCCUAAGCUUUGCGAUCUUUAUGAAAACGAUUCAAUCUUUGACAAAUUUGAAUGUUGUUUGAGUGGGGAUGGUCAUCGUCUUGCUACUGGCUCUUACAGUAAUUUAUUUCGUGUUUUUGGUUGUACUCCUGGAAAUACUGAGGCAACCACUUUAGAAGCAAGCAGAAACCCUAUGAGGCGUCAGGUUGCUAAUCCAACAAGGCCUACAAGAACGCUGACCUCUUUGACUCGUGCUGUGAGGAGAGGGGGUGAAAAUGCAGGAGCCGAUGGCAAUGGGAAUUCUAAUGACUUCUCAACAAAGUUACUCCAUCUUGCGUGGCACCCAACUGAGAAUUCCAUUGCGUGUGCUGCUGGAAAUAGCUUGUACAUGUAUUAUGCAUAG